AUGGGGGCUUUGCUUGCCUGGCAAGCAUGGGUGCCUGCGUUACCCGACAGCGCAGCCUGGGCAUCACAGCACGCACGAGUGGCGAGCAGAGAUGAACAUGAUGGAAAGGGAGAUGCAAAGUGCUGGACUCUUUCCGAGCUGAGGCGCAUUUCUCUAAAGCAUGGCCCCGGAACUACUUUGAAACUACAUGGAGUGGCCAUGAUUCCUGAGCUCUUCGAUGCAGAAGAACUCGAAGCACUUCUGCUCGCAUUCCAAGAUUUUCGGGAAACCGCCGAGGCUGCAGACUUCAAGUUUGGGGAGUUGCGAGCUCAACGGCAAGCCAUCCACAUUCCUUUUCAGCCACCCUUCAACGGACUGCCUCUUAUGGGUCGCGACAAAGCUCUCCUGGCUCCUUUAUCCGACUGCCUGGGGCAAGAUUUUGUUCUGGAGAGUGCAUUGGUAAUCAGCGUAGACGGAGGAACCAGCAGCAUGAAUGCACAUACCGACACAGAAGAGGAGGGAAGUAUUUCUGUUCACAUCCCUUUACAGCCCUUGACAGAUGGCUUCGCGCCGUUGUCGUUUUGCCCGGGGACUCAUGACGACGUAGAGUUGCUCGACCGUGCCGGUGCAGAGGUCCGCCGUUGGCGUUGCAUUGGUGAAUCAAGGAUGGAUGCACGGAAGCGCAUAGCUGCAGGCAGACGUGUGAAACGACAAGCUCUUUCCUUGCACUGGGACGGAGAAGCAUCAGCCCUCCUCGACGGAUGCGACCUUCAGAUCGGAAGGUCUUGCGCUAGAGUUCGGGGUAUUCAAGGUUGCACGACUUUGGGCUUGCAGGUGGGGGAUGAGAUAACACACAUAAACGAGCUGAGCUUUGUAGCUUGGCUGCGGAUUCAAGCCGACAUUGAGGAAAUGCGAUCCAACCUGGUGUUGCAUGUGCUGAGACCUCCGGAUGUUAAUACAUUGGCACCACCUCCGAACCUUCUUGUCGGAGCUCCGUUGAGUGUGGGUGAUGCUAUUAUUUACGACUCUCGAACAGUUCACUGGGGCAUGGCAAACGAGGAGAGUGGCAUACGGCAUGUUCUUUAUCUAAACUUCAUGAGUUCCAGCUUUCAGGGAUAUUCACCCGAUGGAGAUGCCAUAGAAGCAGCGACGGAAAGAUGUUUGAAAGACAGGGCGGUCUUUCGGAAGCAGUUGCAGAGGAUGAAGGCCUAA